GUUUCUGUAUUUGAACUCAGCAAAAAGGUCACUUUUUACAUCCAAAGGGGAAUAACCAACAAAUAGAAAGAAAACCUAUCAUUCUAAAAAGACAUAAGAAUGGAUUCUCCAGUGUUCAUUGCUGUACACGUCGGCGCAGGUCAUCUGUCGCGAUCAAAAGAGUCGACAUACCGAUCAGCCUGUGCAAAGGCAUGUAUACGAGCUAUGAGGAUUUUAAAGGAUAAAGAAGGCACGUCGUCUUUAGCGGUUGCAGAAGCUAUACGGCAAUUGGAGGAUCAUCCUGUAACCAACGCUGGUUACGGAUCCAAUUUGAGUCUGGAAGGAAAGGUAGAAUGUGAUGCUAGUUUGAUGUCAGGAACGAACGGGACGUUUGGAGCAGUGGGUGCUGUAAGAGGCGUUAAAAAUCCAAUCCUUUCUGCCUAUCAAAUGGUCUUGGAGGCAGAUCAAGGUUUAUUAUCCCUUGGUAGAAUACCGCCCAUGUUCUUGGCGGGCGAAGGUGCAAAAGAAUGGUCAAAGUCGCGGAACCUUCCCAUCGUGGAGGAAGACGAUUUGAUUGAACCACAAGCUUUCGAGACGUACUUGAAUCAUUUAAAAAUGCUUAUGGAAGCAGAUAAGAAAGACCCGUCGGUAGGCGUCGAUCAAGGCCAUGAUACAGUGGGCGCCAUCUGCAUUGAUCGAUUUGGCAACAUAGCUGCUGGUGUUAGCAGUGGUGGUAUUUCAUUGAAAUCUCCAGGAAGAGUAGGCGAGGCUGCGAUGUAUGGUGCUGGAUGUUGGGCACAAAACGAGAAAAACGAUACUCCAGGGAUAGCUUGUAGUACCACAGGCACUGGCGAGCAAAUCAUGCGAACAAUGUUUACUCAUAAAUGCGUUGAGAGAUUAAUAAAAGAAGACAAUAUACAAACAGCCAUCACCGACGCUUUAAGGCAUGAUUUCCUAGGCUCUUCGUUUUUGACUUCAUACGACAAAUUGUCUGUUGGGACAAUUGCAUUGCGCUCACAAAAGUCAAACAACAAAACCCGAAUUGAAUUUUGGUAUGGACAUGUGACGGAAGACAUGGGGAUUGGAUAUAUGUCAGGAACAUAUACUAAACCCAAGACUUUUGUCUCGCGAAAAGGCAACCUGUCUGAGCCAUAUGUUUCUUCUGGACGAUUGAUCAUUUGAGCCGUCCUCAUCCCCUUCCUGACUUUUAAUGAACACGAGUGGAUCUGUUUAUUUAUGACAAGGAUAAACAGAAGCCUUAUCGACAUCCAUACGUGUUUUCUCAUCAUAGCUUGGACAUACUUAAGUAAAACUAAAAUACUACCAUUAUCAUGUACGUCUGAUAAUUACAUUCAUUGAAAUAGAGUGCUGAAAUCAUGUAAAGGUAAUAGACGAUCGCCAUUCAAUGUUCAUCAUUGAUAGUGUAACAUCAAAAUUGCUUGUGCACAAAAUGAAGUCAUGCAUUUUGGAAGACAUAAAAUAGCUCCUUUCAAGCUACCUUUGAGUGUUUGUCGACUAGAAAUACAAAAAAAAAAAAAAAAAAAAAAA